CAACUGGAGGUCUUGAUCAAGAAGAAACUCAACUUAAUACUAAUCAAGAUAAUAUAGCUAUGAGUUAUACUAAUCAAGAUAAUAUAACUAUGAGCUAUAAUGAUUUAAUGAUUGAGCUUAAUCAAGCUAGAAGACUUUUAGAGGUUGCUCAAAUAGAGAAGCAGCAAAUGUUUCAAUUUUUAGAAGAUCAAAAAAAAAAAUAA